CUUCCCAAGUCCUAACCGCAUUACCAUGGCAACAGGAAGAAAAGGCUCCACCUCCAAGGCCGGUGGGGUGCGUUUCCCUGACGACGACGAGCCCCCCGGAUCUCCAACACGGAGAGACGAUGAGUCAAACCUCUCUACUCUCGUUGCUAUCCCAGAGAAGGAUGGCAGCUACUUGGUCAAGGCUGGUUUCCUGAAGAGCCACCACUGCUAUGAGAUCGUAUUUACCGUCCCAGAUGUCCCCACUCUGGGCAAAGAGCUGUCUUGUGGCCCGUCCUCCUCUCCAACUCGAAAGUUCCCCAACCUCCGGGUCCAUCGUAUAAGCUCCACACUGGAGGGAGGAGUCAAGGUUACAUGCGAGUACAGGACCCACCAGGAGGGGGUGCUGCAGGAGGAGAUCACUCUGGUAACCAGAGGGAGAAAAGGCAGCAGUCUGAAGGUCAGAUUCCAGGCCAAGGUCAUUGACCCACAUCACGGGACUCCCAUGCUGCUGGAGGGGGUGACGUGUCUUGAUGCUCAGAAACACACCCACAGAAAGCACAGCAGCGACCGUGAGAGGAUAUGAUGGAAAUGAUACACAAAUAUGAUGUAUAUGUGUCUGCCACAGUGUUAUUCAAAGUCUGGGUCAGGGACCAACACCAAAUUAGAAACUGCUUUAUUUGACUGGGACACAUUGGUUCUGUGAUGCUAUGAUUUGCUAAUGUGGCAUUCCAAAAUAUUUGUCAGAAAAUACGGUUAAACACCCGUCUGCAGCUCUUGGUGGGCCUUUAUCAAUCCAGUUUAGAUAGCCAUGAGCCUCUGUUGGUGGAGGUCACCAGA